GUCGACGCCUGUGCGAACGAACCCUUUUACCUUUUAGGAUAGAACACAGGAACGUUUUACCGUGUUAACUCCAAGGUACUAUUAAUCAUUUUAAGUUUUCAACUCCAGUAACUCUUCUGCGAACCUAAACCAUCCAAAUUAUCAGGAUUAUCCUAUUUAAAUUUUGUUAAAGAGGGAGACACAGGACUUGAUUAUUUCGAUAUGUAAGGGGAGGAAAGCUAUUUAGCACCGUUUUUAUCUCUAUCAACCUCUCAGUUCAAUGUGAAUACAGGUGCGAUGUGGUUCUUUCUUUUUUUUUAAUGUCUAUGAUUAUAUUACAAUGAAGUCUUACAUCUCUGUCAUUCGAUGAUUCAAAACUUCCCUCGUUGUUUACUUUAUUCGCCUUCACGUUUGCAUUGAACUCAAGGUUAUACAGUGAUUGAAAUAUGCCCUUCGUCACCAAACCUAUUAGCCACUAGACCGUGUUGUAACAGCACGUGCCUAACGCUUAAGAAAAGCAGGUUCACUCCUAGCCUGCAGAACAGGCGUAAUUUAAGCGACCAAGUGCUCAGUAUUUUCUUAACGAAAUUUAUGGCCGCCAUCUUUGAUUUCAAUGGCAGCGAAAGGCUGGGGAGAGAAAGAAAUUUGUACCAAGAGUGGGGAAGGUCUUCCCCCACUGUCCACUCUAACUCCAAAGCAAACAUGGCCGGUCGGAUAACAAUGGCGAGCUUAUAACGUUAGCUCGCACUAAUAAGACGCCUGCCCUGCAAGCUAGUUCACUCCUCAUCUUACUACCUUUCUAACAUUUAUUCACGCGAUUCAAACACAUCGUGCGUGUCGCGCUAGUUCGUAACGGAAAAAACUCAAAAUAACAUCAAAACACUUCCAAUUAAAUAAACAAGAUUACGCAUUCGUGGCAAUUAAUUCAACGACAACAUCAAAACAUCAUCGUCGAAGUGACAAAAUACCACAAAUAAACCACUAAGGCAGUAUCAAAACGCAUGAAAACAAGGAGACCACAUUUCCGGAGGUGAAGGUCAUAAUCACAGCUUGUUAAUACCUUAUCACAUUUAAUUGACAUCAUUAUAUUACUAGCCAAAACACAGAAACACCUACUGUGCUCUUUAUGGGGACAGAGGGUUAAAGAGGAUACAAUGAACAAAACAAAAUAAAAGGUUGUUUGAGUCUAUCUGCCAUUUCCGGUCGAACAAUUAGCUAAAAGGACAAAUGUUUGGAAAAUGUUUUAAAACGCUUGUUUGCGAAACGGAUAUUCAUCGAUUUGAAUGGCGCCACACCGAUUUCCACGCUGACGACGUGUUUUUCCUUCCACAUUUACUGCUGACUGUUGCGACAGUCUCCAACUAAUUACUAAAAUUUAGCUAACAACACGAGUACACUCAUGACAAAUUGCUCUAUCUAAGUUCGCAGUAUUAACUGAAUUUUUUUCCUUUUUUCAGCAGGUUAACCACAUAACUGCUGCAAUAUCUAAAGACCACUGUCAUCAAUUAUUGUAUGUUAUGGUCACUGAACUUCUCUAAUGACUACUGUCUACAUUUAUUCUAACUGAAUCCUUUGAAAAGUCUUGUUUGCGCUGAUUACAGAUAUGUUUAACCGUUUCCUAUACUACUGCACAAUGGGAUCUAUCGUUGUUUGUUCUAACAAGAAUAUUUUUUAAUUUCAGAUGGCAGCGAAACACGAGAAGGUAAAACUAUCAAUUAUCCUUGACAUGAUGCCAUGGUAUUUAAAUUAUUCAUCCAACGCAAACAACUUAUUCCGUGAGGUUACACCUCCAUCAUCACCUCGCUUUCAAAUAAAAAUGAUAAUAAAAAGCAUUUUAGAUUAAUUCAACAAAACCUCUUAAAAAGGAACGUAGUUCUGUUGUAAAUACAUUUAUUUUUGUCUCAGAGGUUGGUGCGGCUGCAAGAGAUACUCAAUUUUAAAAAAUGUAAAUCUGCAAGCAUUGUGCUGGUCUAACUGGUGUUGAAGAGAAACAUUUUGUUAAAGAAUCUGAUGAGAUUUAAGAAUUGAACGCUUCAUUAGUUUUUUGAACAUUUGUAGGGUGAAGAUACAAGCUCUUCUAGCGAGGAAGAAGCAGGCAAAGAGUGAGUAUAUCUGCUAUAAUAUGCUUUUUUGGGCAUCACAGACAUCAUAACGACUGGUAUAAGUUGUAAUGAAAUAAAUUUCAUUUGCCCAGCGGAUUGAAAUCAAAUAAAGCCAUGGUCCUCGCAGGCGGGCUACAAUUUUAGCAAUUGUAGAAAGAAAGCCUAAAAUACUAAGGUUUCGACGGGAUUCGAACCCCUGCCCACAUAGUAGGGAGUUUAAGAAAACUACGACGGCAACGGAAACGAGAACGUCACGAAACAAAAGGUUAAAUGGACAGAACAAUGGCUGUGCACGAGCGUAACAAAUCUUUGUACAUUUCUUUGCGUCCUCUGCAAAACAACAACGUGAAAUGAGCAAACUGGAGAACGUGAAUGUGAAAUAACAAUUACUAAUUUAACGCCAAGUUCCAUAAUCAGUUUCGAGAUAGCUUUGACAGUGAGAAUCAAACUAAAUGAUCCUGGAGUACCACGAGAUUUCUAGCUAGAAUAUAUGUUCAUUUUUUUAACCAACGUUGUCCAUGGCGUCAGCGUCGUCGUUUCCUAAUCCUUUAAUUCCCAAAAACUGACUGUUAAUUCUCUUCUCGGCUGCCACACAUUAAUUUUCCUAAUAAAUUGGUUACAAGAAUUUGGUUUUUAUUACGAAAACACCAUCUACCUGAUCAGCAUGAGUAUUCUCAUUCCUUAAUUGCUGGAUAAUGUAUGGAUAUUAAAAAGAAAUUGAAGUUAGAUCUCAAUCACCUCUGGGAGUUAAAGGGUUGAACUCCCGACUAGUUGGGCGCUGCGCUACUCCCAACUGAGCUGUCAAGCCUCACACUGGGAGCGAGGCAAAUUUUGAGGGUUCAUCUUCUUUCCUGUGGAGGAAUCUGAUAAAACUUCUAUUUGCUUUGGUUUAUCCCACUGGUAAUAAACGACUAUAUAGAAAGGAAUCUCGUUAUCAAAAACAAUGUUUAUGUCGUACACAUUUUAGAAUACCUCAGCUUGACGCAGAUUCCAUCGAAGAUCAACAAGGAGUGCGCUUGCUAGACAGUAAUAACAACACUUCAAGUUGCUUGGAAAAUUCCAGUCAAGUAGGUGUUUAAGAAAGUUUGUACUUUGCUUAAGUUUUUUUUUAAUUAUUACUUUUCAAAUCCGUCGGAUGAAACAAGCGAUUAAAUUUCCAACAUGCGCCAUUCCGUUACGCAAGAACACAGCAUGACGAAAUUGUACACGGUGUCAAACAAUAAAUACUCUUAAAAAACACAAUCGGCCUUAUGAACUUAGAUGUAAAUUCUCGAUUAGGCGUUUCUAGAAAUGCAUUGAAGUCACGUUAUCUCAAACCUGACUGUCUCGAGAUUUGUGUCAUCCCUCACUGAAACUGACGAAACCCCGUCGCAAUAACGGAACAUAACUGUUUUUAUCUUUGUUAGGACGACGACAACUACCCACCCCCAGGAUGGACUACAUCCGGGAAAAGGAUUCAACAAUGUACAGAUGACAAUCCUACUGGGUAUGUGACCCAAAAUAAUACGCAUUAAAUAAGAAAAAAAGAUUCUUUUGAAAUAACCGAAUUAUGGCCGUUGUCCCCCGUCUCAGCCAGUUUAUACUUCUUUAAAAAUUUUCAGUGACUCAGUCUGAUCAUGCUUAAAUGGAAUUAUCCUUUAAGUUAAAGAAAUAAAAGACACUUUGACCUGCGGACGAUAAAUAAAGAAGAUAUAAUCCUCGUAAACUACGACGGGAUUCGAACCCUGCCUUCCAGAUACUAAUUGGGCAUUACUACCAAAAUGAGCAACGAAGCCACUUGUUGGGAGCGAAGCAAAUUUCAGUAAAUAAUUAUACUGAUGCAAAAUCAGUUCUCUAGCUUCCAAGAAUCAUUAGAAUAAGAGUGGGACUGUAGAAACUAAGUUAUCUUAAAGAAAAAAAUUGUGAAAAUUAAUCUACGUGUCGAUGAAAAUGUAACGGGAGGUCGCUUUAAAAAUUUCUCGUUUCAGGAUUGGAGAUGACGACCUUUGUACGAUUGAUCUUUACGAAGAUGAAGAAUGCCGUGCAACGCAGGUGAAUAACUCAACAAAUAAUUAAUUCGAAUGUAACCUAAAAGGCCCGCUUACCGACCAAUAAUAUAUCUAUCUAUCACAUUGUUUUUAUUUCAUAUUUUCAGGAGAACGACGAUGUGGACCAACUGACGGAAGAUAUCAACAUUUUCAUAUCUCUGUUGAUUAUUUUUUAUAUUUGACAGCC